UAUUCCAGCACGGCAGGUUCCAGGCAGUAGACCGCGAGCUUUGAUCGCGAUUGGAUCGAGUUUUAUCAGUUCUUUAUUUUCUUUUUUACUACCGCGUUUGCCGGGCACUCCCAUACCGGACGGGAGGGGGCGGACGUCUCAAAACGCUAAGAGGUGAAUGUGUGAUACCGAUCGAAAACGCUAAUUGAACUACAGUUAAACGGAAUCAAACCAUCGAAAGUAUCUGCAAUUGAUUUUCCCUGUCAUCAUUUCAACCUACAUUUGGAGAGAGGAGAAACAAUUGCAGCUUACGUAAGUUCCACUGGAAAUGAGUUUUGGCCGUAAUCACUGUAUCUGAUGCUGAAGCGAAACAUUCCGAUUUCAAGGUUAAAGAUCCAUUGCACACAAAAAGAUGGGAAACUCUUUAUGCAAGGAACCCAAUGCGAACAGGUCACUGCGACCAGGAAGAAUGUUCAAUAAUUUCGGAAAUGUAAUGUGCCCGAAUGGCUUAGGCAAAAACAAAACGGGCUUCAACAAAACCUACUUGGGCCGACAUGUACUGGAAACCACGCCGAAACCGAGCACCGCUGACAGUUGGCGCAGUGCCACUUUGAGUGUACCAGAUGGUGGGGGCAACGUGAUCGACAGACCUCCGGUGGCGCCACCUCGUAAGAAGCGCUCGACACUGGAACGUGGUACAUCUCCUCAAACAUUGAAGGUAAAGAAUGGCUUCAAAGAUGUCUUCGGUGCGGAUAGUCGCCGAGCUUCACAUGACGUGCAAACAACAACGUUGCAGGAUAAAAAGUCUCGGGACACCGUUGAUGGGGGCCUGUCGGAGAAAACCCAGUCUAGUUAUGAAAUCGGUGCAAAGGUUGAUGCGUUCAGUGACUUCUCUAUCAUUCCUACCAAAACUGAAUUGGAAAAACCAAAAGUAGAAGUACCCAUGAGAAAUCACGUGCCGCCGAAAACGGUUACGGUUGGAAACAGAAAGUCGGAUAAAUUUUUCGGGGAAAACCUAUCGGAUUCACUAUCGAUCAUACCAGUUGUUACUGAGAGGCGAAGGAGUUCCAAGAAGGGCAUGGAAGAUUUGGAUAAAAUUGAUCAAUUUAUAGAGAAAAAUGUCCUAAAAUCUACAUUCAGAGAACCGUCCCGUAACGAUGGAUCCGUCGUUGAAAGCCAACUCCAGAACAACAUUGUUGAAUCAAAGGUUCCGACAGAAGUAAAAUCAAACAUUGAUGACAAUAGGAAUGAUUUGAACGAAAAAAUGGAAAAACAAAUAAACAAGCCAAUUGACGAAACCGUUGCAAAGGAAACACACCUGGGUAAGAAAGCCGAAUUUUUGAUGGCAAUGCUUGAAGAUUACCAGGAAGACCGAUACCUCGGAAUGGUACCUGUGGAAGAGCCAGUAAUUGUACCUCGGAAACGCAAGACCCGUCAUAUUUGCGAUGAUACCGAUCACAUGCACAAUCUGUUGCACAACCACGAGAACAAACAGUCUUCCAAAAAUCUGAUUACUACAGAAGCAUCAAUCGAAACUCCACCGCGCAAACCUAAUCGAGACUUUGGGAAGUAUCUGGCGUCAUUGAAUAGUUACAGUGAUUCGGACGAAUCAAGUUCAACGAAACCGGUUCGCAAGCAGCGACCGGUUUCCCGGCGAAGUUUAUCGACACCUCCACUACCGCCGAAGUUACCAAAGAGUAUGUCGGAAACCCAACUUCGUAUAAAUUCCGCUGCGGCUCGCAUAGAUGCUUCCCAGAAAACGGAGAACUCGGACGACGCGAAAGCGCAUAGCCCCAGAACCCUGAAGCGAAUCAUUUCCAUGCCAUCAACUACCAAUCUGAUGAAGGCAGAGUCACGCAGCUCGACUCCUCAGCCUCCAUUGCUAAAAAGCAGCAGCUCCAGCUCAUUUCUUAUGAAGGAUCUGCAGAAAGCACAAAUGUCCAUGGGUAAAUUUAUUCCGGAAGAUCACCACUACAACGCAGCAGACGAACUGGUCAAACCCAAAUCUCGGCUGACACAUAGAAAAAUAUCAGUGCGAUCCGUGGAUAGCAAUCCUGGGAGUACAACGCCCACUCAAGAAGUGAAUCCACCUAAGUUUACUAUCGGUAGCAGAGAAGUUGUGCGAUCUCCUCCAAUUCUCGACAACAUGUCACCUCCGAAGGUCCCCAAACGACGAAAAUCAUCUGCUAGUGAAUCGAAGAACAGUUCAAUGCUAGAGCCAAUCACACGGAAGCGUCCACUUCCGAAGGAGAUACUUGGGUUUGAUUUGGGAACCUUCAUGGUUUCGUCACAGGUACUUCACCAUCACGAUAUAACCAAUGUGAUGGAAAUGGUGUUCAACGGUAGUGCCAGUGACGAGAACAUUAUCGAGGAAUUCCAGGCUUACUUGGAAGAUCAGAUUAACUCGGAAAUAAAUGACCCCAACUCGAAAAAUCCCAAUUCCGUAAAGUUACUAAAACUCCUCAAUGAGAAUUCCUACGAGGAGGACGAAGAUAUACUAGACGAUGUAAAAUUAGAUCUGGUGGAUUCGGAUGAUUCGAACAAGCUAUCGGAUAUAGACGACUGUUUCGAUCAGGAGUUUGAGAGAAUAGAGAAGAACGAAAUUUAUGCUAAGCUGUCUCCUAAACUUGAGAUUAAAACUCCAGUGCAAAAGGGAAGAGCCGGCAGCACUGAUGAGGUCAGUGCUUGGUUUGAAACAGAAUCAGAGCUUGGUUCAGUGGUAGAAAGAUCAGAUAAGCUAGGAAACAUGGUGAACGUGAAAAGUUGUACACCUCGACUUGGUCGACGUGAAAGUAUUGAAGAUGUUGACGAUUGGUUUAAGUUCCACACAGAGUUAUUCCCAGCAAAGGAAACAUUUGUGGGGGUUCGCAAACAACGCAGAGGAUCAGAUGGUUUUGUAACAUACGAUACUACACGGCAGUACCCUUUCGGCGAGGCGAGACAUCGGCGUGAUUCGCUUUCGGCAGAAUUGUUCGAAGACAUUACCAAACUUCACGAUCUAGGCGUGGAUAAAGAAAAGUUGAAGUCUCCAGUGGCUUUGUUGAAGAAUCAACGCUUACAAGAACGACGUGGAUCGGAUGGAUUGGUCGUGUACGAUACUAGCUGCAAGUUUCCGUUCGGAGAGCCGAACACCGAUCUUCCUCGUGCACUGGAGAAACAGAGUAAGGACAUCCACACUAACAACGAAACGAAAAAAUCAACGGCGAAUGAUAACGAUGAAGUUCCAAAAGAACACAAAACAUCAGCAGAGAAAAGUAACGAAACGGAACAUUCCACCUUGUUGAAGUUUUUCUCCAAGGAAAAUUUAAUAGAAUAGGGUGUGUAGCAAUAUACACUUCUAGCUAUUAUUUCAAAGUGCGUCAGUAUUACAAAAAUUGUACAGCCUUGAUAUGUAUAUUGAGACUUCACAAAAGUUACCGAAUAUAUUAUGUAGAAAUAAUAGUUGUUGCCUGUGAACCAUCGAGGAAAGAGAUGUUCGUGCCAUGCAAUAAAAAAAAUUUUAAUCG